AUGAGGACCCUGCUCCUCCUGCUGGGCGCAGCAGUUUUCUGCAGUCAGUUUGAUCUGGUGCAGUCGCUCUCAGGGAAUCAAACAUUCGACCUGUCCCCAUGUUCUUUGGAGUUUUAUGGGAGUUCUUUUCAAUUUAUAGAAGUCGAACUGGGUGCUGACACAUUGAAAUACUGCUUCACUAAUGCUGUGGCUGAUACAGAAUGCAUUUCCAUCAUAAGUGGAAACCCUGCGGACAGUGUGGACACAGUGAUAGAGAACGCCACCGAUCCUGCACUUGAAGCAUCAGUCAGGAGCGAACUGGCUCAGCUGGAAGGAAACCUGACCUGCUAUUUAAGAAGCAACGUGUCUGUGAAUGGCAACACUAGCAUGAUUGUUACUUUUAUGAAAUUUGGAUCCCAAACGGCAUUGAGUGUGAAUCUGGUGACGUCCAUGGAACCGCUUCAAGUAGUUGCAAAUCUAGGCCUUGGGAUAGGGAUCAUUACCACCAACUACGCUGGGGGAGAGAGAACCAAGUACAUUGACUUGAGUGGCUGCAGGUCUGUGGAUACUUUAUUAUUCCCGAGCUCAAGUCAUACCAGUCCGGAGGCCUGUGUCACAUACACCUGCAGCCCUGAGGCUGAACUCAGUGUAGAGCCAAAUUGUGGACCCACAGAGAUUUGCCUAGGCGACAAUACGUGCAAACCGAGGUUCCAGAUAUGCACGGUGACUGGCAACCAGGUGAUCGCGUUCUUCGGCAGCGUAUCUUCCAUCCCAGGCCUCUGUGUGUACAGCCUGCUGAAGCCGGUAAUUAAUGCCAGGUUCGAACUGCUGGGGGCCUUCCAGGAGCGCCGCAUUGAGUCCCUGCCCUUCUUGGACCGCCUGGACCUGGUCCUUCUUCCGUCCAAUCUCACGAUCUCUAUUGGAACAAGCAGAAGCGUUCGGGUCAACGGUGAAAUAAUAACACUGCCAGACUCGAUCGAAGGAGUGAUGCUGUCCAAAGACAUGAAAGGUGUGACUGUCGAGAUUUCGAGCGGACCCAUCUCAGACGACCCAGUUUCCAUCCUCUUUGACGGCUACAGUGCGUACAUCAAAGUACCUGGCGAGGUGCUUCUAAAGGGCUCAUGUGGCCACACCGGGGAUCCCAGCUAUUCUUCUUUGCCCCUCGCUGAGAGUGACUCGAGCUGUAGUCCUCCACCCGCAAGCAACAACUCCUAUGACGAGGUUACAGUCGCAACCGAUCAAUGCUCUCUACUCAUGACAGACUCCUUUGCCGAUUGCCACCCGAAGGUGCCGGUGGAACCGUUCCACCAAGCCUGCAUCUCCUUGCUGACUAGAUACCCUUUGGUGGACCACCUUGAUUGCCAGUUCUUUGAGGCAUACGCCAAUGCCUGUGAGCUGCAGUUCGAGAUCAGUCUCGGAGACUGGAGGUCUUCCACCAGAUGUACCGACCAGCAGGCCUACUGUCAGGACCACGAUUGUAAUGAGCACGAGUUCUGUGGAGAUUCCCUGAUCAACGGUACCGGCUGCCACUGCCGUGCCACAUUUGCCUUAAUCUACGAGUUAGACAACAUUUAUGGUCAGCAGACUGAGUGCAAUGAGAGCUUGGCGUCCUUCUCACUGAUUGGCUGCCUGCUGGAGGACAAAGGCAUCGACUACACCAUGUUGCACCUCAACGACAACGCCUGUAUAGGACAAAAGGACAGCGAAACCCAUUUGGUCACCUUCAACUUUGACUCUAGUGACCAAUGUGGAACAACGAUCACGAAAAACGACAGCCAGCUGGUGUUCAGGAACAGCCUGGUAUUGGGUUUACCUCUCAACGACACAAUCAUCACACGCAACAGAGUGUUGGAAGUCGACCUGUCGUGUACUUACACUCAGCCGGAACUGAGCUUCGUGGUUUUCAAUAUCAAGAGCAGCCCCAUGGUGCAAGAAGUGGUGUCGAGGAACUGGAACUACACUCUGUUCAUGAAAGCGUACACGGAUGUCGGGCGCAGAGUCCUGCUGACACCAGAUAUGGAAGUGGAGCUUAACCAGCAGGUUUGGAUCGAGCUGAGCACGGAAGGACUAAGUGAGCAGUUUGUUAAAGUGGUGACCGACUCCUGCUGGGCGACCAAUAAUUCUCUGCCAACGGCAAAUUUGAGAUACGACCUCAUCAUCGAUGGCUGCCCGAACCUCAGUGACGGUACCGUGGAGAUUGUAGGCAACGGGCUGGGGACGGAAAACUACUUCUCGUUCCGUAUGUUCCAGUUUGUGAACAGCGACAACUUCUACCUGCACUGCACCGUGAGCCUGUGUGUGGAGCCGGAUUGUACCCCAACUUGCAGUCAGCCUUCAACCAGGAGACGCAGAGCCUUACAAAGAAAGAGGAGGGAUAAUUACGAAAGCAGUGGCUUAAUCUCAGUGGGAUGGAGCAACUAGAUGGCUGUUUAUCAAACACUCUCCUUGGUGACCUCGUUUCCGGCCAAUAUCACACGCUUCAAGUCAAACACAGUGAUGGCUACUGUGUAUAUGGACAGUGCUAUGACACAUUGGUCAUAGUCCUGCAGAUUGGGGGCGAUGAUUUCAUUUUUGGGGGCGAUGAGUUCAUUUUUGGGGGCAAUGAUUUCAUUUUUCAGUUUUCAGGUGACCUCGUUUCCGGCCAAUAUCACACGCUUCAAGUCAAACACAGUGAUGGCUGCUGUGAGUAUGGACAGUGCUAUGACACAUUGGUCAUAGUCCUGCAGAUUGGGGGCGAUGAUUUCAUUUUUGGGGGCGAUUAGUUCAUUUUUGGGGGCGAUGAUUUCAUUUUUCAGUUUUCAGGUGACCUCGUUUCCGGCCAAUAUCACACGCUUCAAGUCAAACACAGUGAUGGCUGCUGUGUAUAUGGACAGUGCUAUGACACAUUGGUCAUAGUCCUGCAGAUUGGGGGCGAUGAUUUCAUUGAUUUAAAAAAUAGAGUAGGGGUGUUUUUUUAUGUAUUCAUUCUUCAAAACUAUAGAAACACUGUAUGCAUCCUCUUAAGGCCCAAGCUGUUUGUUUACAUGCUUUUUUUUAUUAUUUCUCUUUGCUAUUUGGGCUUAUUGGACCCUAAUUAGAAUAAAAACUAAGAAUCAUAUUUUGAUAUGAUGUACUUAGUCCAUAAGUGACAUGCUCAUUCUUACUUUUACACUUUUUUUUUUCCAAAUUCCAUUGUAUGUUGUACUCUUCUGACACCACCAGAUGGCAGUAAAAGUGUCCACAUAAGCGGCCAUAAGACCCCAAUUCAGUAGUGUACACAAUUUUGGAAAUAAGAGCUAAAAAGGUGCUGUCCACGCAUGUGGCCACUAGACCUUUAGAGGUUUACGGUGGAAUCAAUUUAAACGGAUCCCGCUUAUGACAAAAACAACAACAGUCACGUUCUUUGUGUUACUAAAAAAGUGCCUCCUUAUGUUGACGUCGACUGCUUUUAUCGAGAUGAAAUUUGAGACCGAGAAGGAUUUUAAGCCCAGUCCGUUUAUGUCAAAAUGUGUUGCAAUGUGGUUUUCUUCCUGAUGUUUGCUAAGCAGGGCAAAAGAACAACACAAACACGACUGUCUAGUUAUACAGCAUUGAAACAUGCGCACACUGAAAGCAUGGCAGUAUGAAGUAGAAUUAUAAUUAAUUUUAUUAUGAUUUAUUGUAAAUUGUUAGCCACUGUUACAAAGAUGAGUGCAUGUGCGAAAGGUUUAAUGUCAUUGUAGGAAGGACAGAAAAUGUCUCCUUAUGUCUCUGGCAAAAGUCAGAAGUACUAUAAAUGUGCAAACAAUUGUUCAUUUUUGUUUUGUUUAUGUCAACAACAGUCAUCCAGUUCAAGGGGCGUCAACAUAGAGGGGUUCCACUGUACACAACAGGUACCAUAUACCACAUAUGGCAAAUGGGAUUAAGUGCU